CGGGGAGGUGGUUCUAGGAGAGGGUGAGUAGGGAGGAGAGGGGAGCGAGGAGCGAGCGAGGAUUGAGCGCGCUCCGUCUCCCCGCCAGCGUCUCUCCCCUCGCUCUCCUCCUCCUCGGCGCCGGCGGCGAGGCAACAGGACAUUUGGCCAUCAUGUCUCGACACCACGUGACUCCCCGCACCUCCUGCACCUCAUCGCUGCUCGUGGCGUUCCGCGUCGUCGUCAUCGUCGUGAUGGCCACGGGCACCACCCCGGCCCUCUGCUCCCGGGGGACGCAGCGCGGCCCCCACCUCGGCCUGGGCCUGCACCCCCCGCACGCGCCGCCCGGCACUUCGUUCACAACCAAAGCAGGAAGCAGCAGCAGCAGCAGCAGCACGAGUGGCAGCCCCGGCAAGAACAGCAGUUGGCACCACCAUCCUCUGCUCUCCUCGUCCUCCUCCAACGCAACCUCCUCCACUCCCGCCACGGCGUCCCCGCCCCGCGCCGGCGGCGAGUACCCCCGCGACCUCUUCUCGCUGGCGCAGCGCCGCCGCGGCGCGGCCGUCCUUCACCUGGCCGGCGUGGCGUACACCUUCGUCGCGCUGGCGCUCGUCUGCGACGAGUUCUUCGUGCCCGCCCUGGGCGCCGUCUCGGAGCGGCUGGCGCUCGCCGACGACGUCGCGGGCGCCACCUUCAUGGCGGCGGGCGGCUCCGCGCCGGAGCUCUUCACGGCGCUCGUCGGCGUCUUCCUGGCGCGCAGCAACGUCGGCGUGGGCACCGUCGUCGGCUCGGCCGUCUUCAACGUCUUCUUCGUGGUGGGGGUCUGCGCGCUGGCGUCGCGCGCCCCCCUGCGCCUCCGCUGGCGCCCGAUGUUCCGCGACGCGGCGUUCUACGCGCUGGCGCUGGCGCUGGCAAUCGGCGCGUUUGCCGACGGGCGCGUCGAGUGGUGGGAGAGCGUGCUGCUGCUCGCCAACUACGCCGCCUACGUGGCCUUCGUGGCGCGCGGGGCCUGCGCCGCGGGCUGGCUCCGGCGGCGGCUGCGGUGGGACGGCGGCGGCGGCGACGGUGGUGGUGGUGGCGGCGGCGGCGGCGGCUGCGGUGGUGGCGGUGGUGGCGAGAGCGUGGGGGCUGCAACUACCGCUGCACCUGCACCUGCCGCCGCUGCUGCCGCUGCUGUCCAGCCCGUGGCGAUGGAGGCGGCCAGGAGGAAUGAGAAGUGGCGGCUGCAGCGCGGGGGCAGCACGGCCUCCCUGCGCAGCAGCACCAUGAGGAGCAGCCUCUUCCAGCUGAUGAUCCACACCCUCGACCCCCUCGGAGAUGCAGCCCAGUUCCAAGAGAAGGCUGCGAUCCUCCAUCGCGUGGCGAAGAUGCAGCGGGAUGAGCCACAGGCUGAAGCGUCGGCCGCGGGCCCAGCUGGGACGGAUCCUGGGCACCACGUGCUGCUCUCCCAGUCGCCCGGCGUCAGCGGCGGUGGCGGCGGGGUGGUCAGCUACCAAAACUACGACUCCUCGCUUCAGUCGCUCCAGUGCGACGACGACGACGAGGUGGGUGACGACGGUGACGACGGAGACGAGGCGAUCGAGGAGCCCAUGAGCCUGGCGUGGCCGGACUCGACGCGCAAGCGCGCGAUCUACCUCCUCGUGCUCCCCAUCGUGUUCCCCCUGUGGCUCACGCUGCCCGACGUGCGCAAGCCGGCAGCGCGGCAGUACUUCGUGGUCACCUUCCUGGGCUCCAUCGUGUGGAUCGCGCUCUUCUCCUACCUCAUGGUGUGGUGGGCGCACCAGGUGGGAGAGACGAUGGGAAUCAGCGAGGAGAUUAUGGGACUCACCAUCCUGGCAGCGGGGACGUCCAUCCCGGACCUCAUCACGAGCGUCAUCGUCGCUCGCAAGGGCCUGGGGGACAUGGCCGUCUCCAGCUCCGUGGGCAGCAACAUCUUCGACAUCACCGUCGGGCUGCCCGUGCCGUGGCUGCUCUUCUCGCUGUCGCACGGCCUCGCGCCCAUCGGCGUGAGCAGCAACGGCCUCUUCUGCGCCCUGGUGCUACUCCUGCUCAUGCUCGUGCUGCUCAUCGGCACGGUGGCGGCCAGCCGCUGGGUGAUGACGCGGACGCUGGGAGGCGCGAUGCUGGCGCUCUACGUGCUCUUCCUGCUCGCCAGCGUGCUGCUGGAGCAGCGCGUGCUCACGUGCCCCGUGUCGCUCUGAGC